CAGACCCAAUUACGCACCCGGAGGAAUUCCACCUGAAAACGCAAAUGUUGUCACUGUGACAGAACAAGGAUCCAACAACUGUCACCCCCCCUUAAAUUAUCUUGGAAUAUACUGCUUGGUUGUAGGCAACGUAUUUGUAUAGUCUAGUUCGAAUCAAUUAAAAGCAGAAUGGAGGGAUUUACACCUUUCUUCAACAUGAUUCUCGUCGCACUACUUGUCGCCACCGUGUCAUCGACCAAGUUAAAUGUGCCGCGGCUGAGACUUUCAUAUUCAGACCUGCUGUCCACCAACAGGUCGUCUAUCUUCAGCGGCCGCCAUGGUCAGCUCUUUCUUACCGUCGUCUUCCUGGACGAGUACCGCGACCGCCUCUUCCUGGGAGGAAAAGACAUUCUCUACUCUCUCCUGCUGGGACCUGCCAGCAGCGAGUCCAAAGAGAUUUACUGGCCUCCAUUACCUGGCAACAGAGAGGACUGCAUUCAAACGGGGAAGGAACCACAGACGGAGUGCGCAAACUUUGUUCGCCUCCUGCAGCCCUUCAACCGCACACACCUCCUGACCUGUGGCACCGGUGCGUUCCAGCCCAUGUGUGCCUUCAUCAACGUGGGGCACAGAGGAGAGCAUGUCUUCACCAUGGAUCCGACAAAUGUGGAGAAUGGAAGAGGCAAAGUUCCACAUGACCCCAGCCUCCCCUUCGCGAGCACCUUCAACGGUGGAGAGCUGUAUGCAGGAUUGACGGCAGAUUUCCUGGGGAGAGACUCUGUGAUCUUCAGGAGUAUGGGCGGUCGCUCCACCAUGAGGACAGAGACCGACCAGAAGCUUCUCCACGACCCAAAGUUCAUCGCUGCACACCUCAUCCCGGACAACGACGACAAAGACAACGAUAAAGUGUAUUUCUUCUUCACGGAGAAGGCCUCAGAGCCGGGGGACCGGGAGGGGGCCAUACACACGCGCAUCGGACGAGUGUGUGCGAAUGAUGUCGGAGGCCAGAGAGUGCUGGUGAACAAGUGGAGUACCUUCAUCAAAGCCAGACUGGUCUGCUCUGUCCCUGGACCUCACGGCAUCGACACACACUUCAACCAGCUGGAGGAUGUUUUCCUGCUGAGGACCAAGGAUGAGAGAAACCCAGAUAUCUAUGCGAUCUUCAGCACCAUCAGUAAUGUAUUCCAGGGUUUCGCCGUGUGUGUUUACCGCAUGGCUGACAUCAGAGAAGCCUUCAAUGGACCCUUCGCUCAUAAAGAAGGGCCCGACUACCAGUGGGGGGCCUAUGAAGGCAGGGUCCCUUAUCCAAGACCAGGCGUGUGCCCGAGUAAGAUCACCAACCAGCCAGGUAGAGAGUUUGGCAGCACAAAGGACUUCCCUGAUUCCGUGCUGCAGUUUGCUCGUAGCCACCCAUUGAUGUGGCGGCCGGUGUAUCCCGCUCUGCGCCAGCCCGUGCUUGUAAAGACCAACAUUCCUUACAAGCUGAAACAAAUCGUGGUGGACCGGGUGGAGGCAGAGGACGGCCAGUAUGACGUUAUGUUCAUUGGCACAGAUGUUGGCACGGUAUUGAAGGUCCUAGCUCUGCACAGUGGAAACAGCCUGGAGACGGAGGAGGUCACACUGGAGGAGCUACAAGUCUUCAAAGUGCCAACUCCAAUAACAUCGAUGGACAUAUCCGUGAAAAGGCAAGCCCUGUAUGUCGGCUCUCCAGCCGGUGUGGCGCGGGUUAAGCUGCAUCGCUGUGAGACUUAUGGGAAGGCCUGCGCCGAGUGCUGCCUGGCCAGAGACCCGUACUGCGCCUGGGACGGGUCAUUGUGCGCACGGUACGCGGCCAACAGCAAACGCCGCUACCGCAGACAGGACAUCAGGCAUGGCAACCCUGUGCUCCAGUGUGUGGAUCAGAAUCUGAGUGAGGACAUAGACGUGACACAAGACAAAGUGGUGUAUGGGACCGAGAACAACAGCACCUUCCUGGAGUGCCUUCCUCGCUCCCCACAAGCUACUGUUACCUGGCUCGUCCAACGAGAUGACCGCAAGGAGGAGGUGAAGCUGGACGAACGUGUGAUGUCUACGGAGCAAGGCCUCCUGUUUCGUCGUCUCUUCCGCCAGGAUGUAGGCAUGUACAUCUGCCGCUCUCGAGAGCAUGGCUUCACGCAGACCCUGACCCGCCUCACCCUCGAAGUCCUCCAGGGGGAGACUGUGGACGAGGUCAUGGCCCGCGACACCACUGGCCUCUCCGACUCGUUCAAAGACCGGUCCACAGGCAGCUACAGGGCCUGGAUGCCCUGCAGUGCCUACAGCAAGGGCGGCUCAUCAAGCCAAAUUGGCCAAUCGCGUACAUGGUUCAAGGAUAUCAUGCAACAGAUUGGGGCGUCGAAUCUGCCAAACGUGGAGGAGUACUGCGAGAGGAUGUGGUGCAACGACAAGCUGAGGAGGAAACACAAGGGCAUGGUGGAGAAAUACCGCCAAGCGCAGGAGAGCGCCAGAAAGACACGUAGCAAGAGCUCCGGCGAACGCAACCGGACGCCGAGAGAUCUCAGCGCAUGGGAGGAGUAAUGAAGAGAAAGCAAGCGGGGGAGAGGGUUUAAAGAAGGGAUAACGAUUACAGUACAGGACAAAACUAAUGGCCGAGCAAAAAGGGUCAAGACCAGCUUCAACUCCCCCAACAGUUGAAACGUUGGCACUUGGAUGUGAAAGAAUGAGAUUGAAUGCGACAGAGCGCCUGCUUUGGUAAUUCAAACUAACGGAAUGGAUUUUAUGGAAAUCAGUGUAUGUGUAGAUCAGGUGUUAGGGGCCGGCUCUCUGGAUGGGGCCCCAAAACACAGAAGUGUUGUCUGUCUUGAAAGACGGCACAAAAAGAGACUGAACUGCACAGGUUGUUGCGAUGAAGACUCUUUCAAAUACAUUCGGAGGAAGCUUGUAAAACAUCUUGAGUACCAAGGACUCCACCAGUUCUCACACAUGUUUGCCCUUGAAUACUUUUCUGAACAGGACAGACACUGCUUGGACUUCAAGACAUAUAAAAGCUUUACACAUCUCAGAUUUAUGAAAUGUACACAUGCCUGCGGACUCUCUCUUUGACGAACACCGUUUGCUCUUGAAUAACUGGGGUUUGAAAAAAGCAACAUUGCAUUUUCUUACUCUGCACUCUUUGGACUUCAAAAUAGCAACUUUGUGUGACUAAGUGUAUGUGUCCAUGUGUGUCAGAGCAAAUGCAGCUCUUACACACAUGGACUCAUACUUACUUUCCAUUCGUUUUUUGUCACAGCGAGUCAAUAUCUGGAUUCAUAUCCUUCUAACGUAGUAUUCAACAGUCUGUGUUUCUUGCCUUGCUCUGCACAUGGCAAUUUUAUCAUGAAAUAUUUAUGUGUGACUCUAGCUCAAGACAUAACUGAGUUUUCAGUGUAUUUAUAAGAGGCGUAUGCAACCGAUGCACCCAGGCUAAGACAAUAAUGCCACAUUUCCACUGCACGGCACAGCUUGACUCAACUUGCUUGGAAUCGUUCAUUUGGGGGUUUUCCACUUGCAAAAGCCUCGGAUAGUACCUUGUGCUCGUUAUGCUUCCGCACCGGCCAUUGCCGUGGCAGGAGGCAUAAUGUGUUUGGCUUGUCUCUACUAUUAAUGUAAAUGCAAUUGCCCCAACAUUUAUUUAAUGUUGGUGGUCAAAAGUUAAGGUCCGUGUGACCUCACAAAACACAUUUGGCCGCAACUCAAGAAUCCAUAUUCGAAUUAUCAAUUGAUGACAUUUUCGACCGACAUGGAUGUCAUCUGCAACUCGACUUGUUCACAAAAGCAAAGUGGUAAUUCCAGAUUUUCUACCACCCUGAUACUAUAACCCCAUGCCCAACCAUGCAGUGGAAAUCAGGCAUCGCUGUAUCUGAUCUUGCCACGGUUCAUGCACACACACACACACACGCACACAAACACAAAAACUGAAAUCCCACUCAUCCAUUACACUGAAUGCAUGAGCUCAAAUAGCUCAAACUACCAUGAGACGACUGUUGAUGGUUCAACAGAUUAAAAGGCUCGUUGCUUUAUUGUUACUGCUGUGGGUUGAACUUUCCAUUAACACCAGCUAAAGAUCAAGAUUCCCCCUCCACCGACCCUUAAAGGGAUAUUUCACAGUGGCUUACUUUCAUGCCUUUUGGGCGCAUACCGUAACACCUCCUGGAAUGUACCUAAUGGCCCCGUUCAUUCGCCCAUAAUUGCUUCCAUGGGAAUGCUCCUGAAACUUAACUCUUGUCUAAGACUUUAACGCCCAUCCAGCUAGUCGGCCUUCAAAUAAUAAUUAUUUCAAAUAGUUUGCUCAUACAAUUUAAUUACUUGUGUAAUUGGUAAGUCCAAAACAAAAAAUGGUGUUGUCUUUAAUCAUCAACAAAAAUCCUUUUGCCAGUUUCUCGAGAAGGGUUUAGCUUGAAAGGCCAAUUCCUCUUGUGCUUUCUGCUUUGUAAACACUGGUUUUAUAAUCCACAUUGUUAUCGUCUUCACUUUUGUUGUUAAAAUAUAACCAUCAUGGCAUCUGAAUUCAAAAGAGGUUUUCAUUCUCCAGGAAAAAAGUGGGGAAGAGAACGGAGGGUUGAUUUAUAAGCUAAGACAGAGCAGUGAAGAGACAGGACGGACAAAGAAAAGACUGGCUUGACAUUCUGAGAUGUGCACAUUAUAACAAUGUAAACUGCCUUUUCUUCCUGACUACCGGUUACCGCCAACAAUUACAGUGUGAGAAACCAGUUUUGACAUAUGGCAAAUCAAGAUGAUUGUCUGAUGGAGGUGGAGCCCAAUAUUGUGAGUGAAGAGGCAGGAAAAGUGUAUUCAGAGCUACAGGUAAAGCAGCUCCUUUGAGUUACAUUUCCCUUUACCAUCGUAAGCUAUUCUAUUGAGUUAAUAUAGAUGGCAGUGAUAUAUUUUGGAGCUUCAGUAAUAUUGUAUAAACAUUUUAAAAUAAUCAAACUGAAAGAUAAAAUAACAACAAGUAGCUAUUAAAAGUAUGGUUUGGAGUUCUUCUGUAGAGCUGUGCAAAUGAUGGGUUACAUAAAGUUCACCUAAUAAACAAAGAUAAGUGCCCAUAAUUAAAAGUUGCCAGAUUAAAUAUGUCAUAUUUAUUUAAUCUUGCACCUUUAAUCUGUGUUAUACGUAAGAAAUUGAAGCUGAUAUUUGCCUACAUUUGUACUGUGAUCAAUUACAUGUUGGUGAUCAAGUGGUAAAAUCAGAUUAAUUUGAAGACCGCUGCAAGCCAUCAGAAAAACACAAUCAGAAGUUCACAAAUAGCCUGUUGCUAAAGAGGACCUCCAAAAUGACCGCAAGCGGGGGAAAUCCAUGUAAUAUUUGUACAUAUGGAAGAUGGUAUCGAUAUUCUGGGAGUCCUCUAAUUGUUUAAAACUAACCAGGGAACAACACCAGUGAACUUGUUGACCUUUAUGUAACCUUUAUGGCGUGUGAAUUACUUCUUUAAAGGUCAACAUAAAGAGGAGUAUACAUGUGUAGAAGAAAGGAGAGUUCUUUACAUUUUUAAAUAAGGUACUAUACUAUAUGCAUCUUGUGAAAGCUGUAUUUACGACUUGUGAAAAUCUUAGUAAAUAUUAAAACCCAUUUUCCUUCAAUUCAUCAGUUUGAAGAGAGUAUUUCAAAAGACUGACAUUUUUCCCCAGUAAGAAUGCAUUUUAGUUUAUUUUCUUAGUUUGAGCAUUGGGAGACUGGUUAUCAGACUCCACUAAUGGUGUUUUCUUUUCAAAUAUUGCCUAAUGGUGUUUUCUUUACAAGUAUUGCUUCUGAUGUUUAUCUAAAGGGAAACAAGAUAGGAGUGUGUAUAUGUGACAGGAGGAGGGUAUGCAUGAAACAAAGACAACAUUGGCAGGGAACAAAAAUAAAUAAUAAUCUCAAAAUCACCCUCCUCAAAAUGUUGUAUUUUAAUCUUGUUACGGAAACGGCUACAUGAUUACUUUGUUCUUUUGGUGUAGUCUAUGAAGAUGAUACUUUUGUGUCUGUUAAUAGCAUUCUUCCUGUAUCGCCACAUCAUGACCCUGAAUAACUUUAAUCAGAAAAUUAAAAAACAGUUUAAGAUAAUUAUAACUAUGAUUGUAAACUGAAAGUGUGUAUAAUUGUAGAAGUUGAAAUAGCUAGUUCCAUUUUAGGGCAACUAUCACUAUGGAACCAAAAAAGUAAAUGCAGAUCUUUUGUUUGCAAUAAGUUGUGCUUUUUCCAUGUUCGAAGCACACAUUGUAAAGCCUUGAAAUGCAGUUUGUGUACAGUUGUACAAAGUGUGUUAUGAUAGUGCAUCUCACAUUUAUAUUUGUACCUUCCUCUCAAUGUGUCCACUCUUUAUAACUAGUUCAUUGACAUUUGUCAAUACUUUAUACAUUUUAUCUCAAACACAAGUUGAAUUUGCAGCACUUAUACUGCCUUAAUGUCCAACGUUUUACAGGAACAACACAUAAUUGACUAAUCGUUUGCUAAAGACUCUCGGUGUACUGUGCUACUCACAAUGUCAAACUACACCAGCUGAUUUCACUGAUUAGUUGCUCCUCCUGAUUGGAGGUUCACUAAUUGAUUACUGAAUGCCUGCACAUGUGCUGACCACCACAGCUUCUCUACAUCAAGCAGAUCGAUAGAUUCAGCUUUGACUGUGAAAGUAGAGACUGCAGGGAAAAAGGUCAUGACAUCGAUAUUAUUGAUUAUAAUUAUGGCAGUCAGCAGUCCAACAAAUGGCAUAAGCAAUCAAGGACAAGCAUUACACAUAGAGAACACGUCUUGCUGAACACAACAACAUGCUCAAUCUAGAAUUUAGGCUAACAUGUUUAGGGAUCCUUAGAUUUAAAACAUAUCUCAACUUGACCUGUCCCUGUUUUAUUGUACUGUAAAGUUGUGCUGGUUGUGGGGUCUCUGACAGAACCUAAUUUAAAUGCAUAUUUAUGAUGUUAUUUAAGUAUCUUUCUACCAUGCAUGCUAUGUACUUGUAUGUAUAUUAACAGCAUUAAACUUUUUUUCUAACAUACA